AUGCUUGCGAAUUCUAAACCUAAAAUAUUUGAUAUUGAAGAUAUUAUGGAUCCUGGUGAUGAGCUUAAAAGCAUUUGCUCACAAAAUACAUGCAAUGAAAAUGAUUGGUGUAUUGUGUCCAAAGAUAAUAUUGAGCAUAAUAUCUUGCAUAUUGUACUACGAGAUGGUAAACACUGGUACAGAGCUCAAAGUGUGGCAGACAUAUUUUAUGUUCUUAGAAUAAAUGGAGAUGAUUCUUAUAUGUUGGUAGCUGGUAACACUGGCAAAGGAGUGAAACCUAUAGAAGGAAAUCCGAAAAUUUUAAUAGAUAUAAGUACAGUAUCAGAACUAAAAGGAUAUUUUAUUGAUCAGAAUUUGAGCAUUGGUGCUGGGAAUACUCUCACAGAAUUUAUGGAAAUAUUGAAAGAAGCGGUUGAUACAGAAUAUUUUGAUUAUUUAAAAGUUGUCAUCAACCAUUUAGAAUUAGUAGCUAAUGUAGCUAUUAGAAAUAUUGGUACGAUAGCAGGUAACCUUAUGUUAAAACAUAUGCACCGUAAUUUUCCAUCAGAUAUUUUUCUCCUUUUACAAGCUAUAGGUGCGGAGGUCAAUAUAUUGCUAACUCCAGAUGUAACAAAAAGUGUGACAAUAAAAGACUUUUUAGCUGAAAAUAUGAAAGGUAAAAUAAUAAAGAAUAUAUUGAUGCCACCAUUUAGUAGAGAAAAUAAAUUAGUCUCUUUUAAGGUUUCUGCUCGACCAAGAAACGCAUAUGCCAUAGUAAAUGCUGCGUUUUUCUAUAAAUUAAGUCAAAAUAAUACGGUCCAGAAAUGCCGAAUUGCCUAUGGUGGAUUAUCUCCAAACUUUUCAAGAGCUAAAAAUACUGAGAAUAUGUUAUUAGGGAAAAUAUUAUUUAAAAACAGUACUUUGAAAAACGCUAGUACAGUUUUAUCCCAAGAACUUGUUGUUAAAGAAAAUGCAUCUGAUUCUUCAGUCCAAUAUAGAAAGCAGUUAGCUCUUGGACUAUUUUAUAAGGAUCUCUUACAACUAUGUCCAGAUGACAUAUUGAUUUUAAAUUACAAGUCUGGUGCUGUAAGUUUACAUGAAACUCAUCCAGUAUCUAAAGGUUCUCAGAUAUUUAUAUCUGACCCUACAAUGUGGCCAAUCAAUCAACCAGUAACCAAAGUAGAAGCAUUGAUUCAAUGUGCAGGAGAAGCUAUUUAUGCAGAAGACUUGCACAAAUUGCCCAAAGAAGUAUAUGCAACAUUUGUGCUUACCUCAGUUUGGAAAGGAAUGAUACAUAGUAUAGAUCCUAAAGAAGCUUUGGAACGGCCAGGAGUAAUAGCAUUCUACACCGCAAAUGAUAUUCCUGGUAUUAAUUCAUUCACCGCGCCUGAAGAUCCUAAUAGUUUGACAAAUGAGGAAAUUCUUUGUAGUGGUGAAGUUUGUUAUUUCAAUCAACCAUUGGGAAUUCUUGUAGCAGAAUCAAAGGAUAUAGCAAAUGAAGCGGCAUUGCUUGUGAAAGUAACAUAUCGUAAUGUAACCAAGCCAAGAAUUGAUAUAAGAAUAAAUAAAAAUAGUACACAAAAAACUACAUUAUUUCGAUCGAUAAAGGGAACGAGUCGUGGAAAUAAUAUUGUUAAAGUGAUUAAAGGUGAAGAGACUAUAUUCGGUCAAUAUCAUUUUUGUUUGGAGAAUAUGGCUUGUGUAUCUUGGCCGACUGAUGAUGGACUCAAAGUUAGUUCUACAUCACAUUACAUAGAUGCUGAUCAAUUGAUGAUAUCACGAUCACUGAACAUAGACCAGAAUAGCAUUGAUAUAGAAGUACGUCGAGUCGGUGGUAGUUUCGGUCUGAAAUUAUCUAGGCAGACCUUAGUUACAACGGCUUGCAGUUUAGUUGCAUACAAGCUAAACAGACCUUGCAGAUUUCUUAUGCCCCUCACAAUUCAAACUCGAGCUAUUGGAAAAAGAAUGCCCUCUUCAACUAAUUAUGAAAUCGGUGUAGAUCGAAAUGGCGUAAUCCAGUAUCUAAAUUAUGACAUCUAUAAUGAUAAUGGUUAUAUUGUAAAUGAACUUCUAAUACAAUUUACAGCAUGUACCUAUUAUAAUUGCUAUAAAAAAGAAAGAUGGAAUUUCCGUAGCUUUAAUACUAUUACUGAUACUCCUUCAAACAGCUGGUUUCGUUCACAAGGAGCUUUAGAGAGUAUCCAUUCAACCGAGAUAAUAAUGGAAAGAGUAGCCUAUGAAUUAGGCUUAGAUCCUUUAGAAGUCCGUUUGAAUAAUUUAGACACAGACCAGUUUUCUGAUAUUUUAGAAAUGAUUGAAACUAUCAAGACUAAUUCUAAUUAUGCAAAACGAAGAGAUAUAGUUGAGAGCUAUAAUUCAAGUAAUCGAUGGAAGAAACGUGGAUUAAGAUUUACUCUGAUGAAUUGGCAAAGUUCGGAACCUUUCCUCUUAAACAUCACAUUGUCAGUGUAUCAUGGGGAUGGUUCAGUGGCCAUAACUCACGGUGGUGUUGAAAUAGGACAAGGAAUAAACACAAAAGCGAUUCAAGUAUGUGCUUACUAUCUUAACAUUCCCAUGAGUAAAAUUAAGGUCAAACCUAGUAGCACUACGGCAAACCCUAAUAAUUCCUCUACAGCGGCAAGCUUGACCUCUCAAAGCGUAGCUAUUGGUGUCCAAAGAUGCUGUGAACAGUUACUUCAAAGACUUAAACCUAUAAAAGCAGAAAUGGCUAAUCCAACAUGGGAAGAACUUAUCGCUAAAGCAUACACAGUUGGAGUAAAUUUACAAGCAAACGGUGUUUGUGACUUUAAUGAUACAUUUAAAUACAACGUUUAUGGAGUUACUUUAGCAGAAGUAGAAGUCGAUAUUCUGACAGGAGAGUGGCAAUUGAUUCAAGUUGAUUUGAUAGAAGAUGUAGGGAGGAGUGUUAGUCCAGCAAUUGAUAUUGGACAGUUGGAAGGAGCUUUUAUACAAGGUGUGGGAUAUCACACUAUGGAAGAACUGGUGUACGAUCCUAACACUGGCGAGCUAUUAACUGACAGGACCUGGAAUUACUUUGUGCCUGAAGGAACGGACAUACCAACAAUAUUUAACGUCUAUUUCUCUAGGAGAUCUUACAGCUAUGAUGUUAUUUUAGGAUCAAAAGCAUGCUCCGAGCCUCCAAUUUGCAUGGGUGUUGUCGUACCCUUGGCCAUGAGAGAAGCGAUAGUAUCAGCUAGAAGAGAUACUGGAAUUCCUACGAAUCAGUGGUUUCAAAUAGAUGGGCCCUAUACAGUAGAAAAGAUAUGUUUGGCAUGCGAAACUAACUUAGAGGAUUAUAAAUUUAAC